AUGUCACUUAACUCCUCCAUCUACGAUGACUCCCUGCUCCAUCUUAACCUUUCCUCCAGCAGCGUCUCCAUCCCUUUUGACAUUUGCUUCAUCGCCCGACCCAGCGCCUUCAUCUUCGCCACAUUUUACAUAGCAAACAUCAUCACCCUAGCCCCUCUCUGUGGUCUUAUUAUCUACAUUGGUCUGAAACGGCAACGGCAGCAGCGUUCUUCACCCACAGCUUCACUGAUGAGUCACUCAGACAGCUUCACCUACCACAUGGUCACCAUGGAGCUGAUCGCAAUCCUGGGGUUCAUACUCUGCGUUUUAGGGGUCUUUACGGUUCACAUCAACACAUACUUCGUCGGUUUUUGUCUUUGGGGUUUCACUUGGUAUGGUGAGACAUUCUUUCACAUCCUGACUUGCGUCGAGCGCUACCUUGCGGUGGUUCAUCCUAUUACUUACCGGGGCCUGAGAGGCAAAAGGGGGAUCAGGAUCAGGAAUAUCUGCAUUGGGGUUGUUUGGCUCCUUUGCUCAGGAGCAACAAGUCUGAUGAUUUCAAAAGAUGCCUCUACUCAGUUUGGUCUUGUCAUGCUGUGGUUCCCUUUAACAAUCAUCCCUCUCUGCAGUGUCCCCGCUCUCUGUGUUCUGGUUCGUCCAGGACCGGGGGAGCACCUGA